CCAUCACAGUAUAUGGGACUAUCAAGUAUGCUAGCGCCGUUAUGCAUGCAAGUACAGUAAAGCUUCGGCAGAGGUCUAUUACAUGCACGCCGGCACCGGAAAGGGCUUAACCUGCAUACAGGGACAGUAGUAGCUUGAGCGGUCCGGCCACUAUACAUGCGGGACCUGUACUGCUCCUUUAAUUGUGGGUUGGGCGUAGACAUCGUCAGCUGAAUAUUCCAGCAGCGUCUGGGCCCCUCCGAGGACGAUCUCAGUCUCCAAACGUUUCUGGUUGCGACAUUCAUGCAUGUGGGAACAGUAAGGCAUGCAAUGUGUGUGACGACAACACCGUGAUGAUACGGCUUCUGAUUGGAAGAGGCUCGGGUCAACAUGCCAGCUUGGAUCUUGUACACAGUCUGGGUCUGACCCGUUGCUGCCAUCCAGAGAUACUAGGCUCAUGCUACUGCUGUAUCCGAAUGCGACCCAUUGGAUAACAAUCGAUGAUUGCCGCAUGGAACACUCCACCAGCAUCCCUAACGACAACACUAAAUGGAAGACCAAGCCAUGCUACGACUCGAGCAUGUACUUAAAGCCAACCAGCAAGACCACAGACAUCCAUACCUCCCAUCCCCAGCAAAAAGCAACCCCCCUUCACAGCUGUAAUGGCCACUCCCAACCCCCAAGACCCCAACACCUCACACGCCAUCGACGAUGGCCUCUUCUCCUCUCUACAGCCAGACCUCUCCCAGCAAGCCGGCACCCUGAGGCCCAGCUUCUCCCCAAACCUCCCGACCAACAUCGCAGCCCCGAUCCUAGCGACACGCCAACAACCGCCCUUCUUCUGGAAAGCCAUGGGCUACUUCCUCAAGAACAAGUUCACCCCGUCGGGCAGCCUGUACGACGAAGGGCGUGCGCUCUUCCUCGGCGACCUGAGCCAGAUCGGCGUGCUCGGCGGCGAGCUGUGCCCGCCCGAGGUGACAAACUACCAGACGUAUGUGCAGGGCGACGCGAUGCAGCAGGUCAACCGGCCGUUCUAUGCCGCGAACGGGGUGUCGUAUUUUGAGUUUCUGAGCUCGGCAAUCCCUCGGAGAAACUCAUCGACGCCCGCCGCACGCUGCUGGACUGCAAGAACAUCAAGAACCAAGCCUGGGAGACGGCGCGACGGGCAUAUAUCAAGACGCGCGCCGACACAUCCAAGACCACGCCCGACCC